CACGCCCACGGGUUUCAAUUCCAGACCACAAAAACUCGGGUGGGAAGCCUACAGGGCUGAGAAGUGGCAUGAGAAGAGUGGCAGAGGGUGGAAGAGAGCUGAGAGCCCAUGGCUGGCAGUGAGGAGCUGGAGCUGUGGCUCAACAACAAGCCCUAAAGCAGCUGGUAGCAGAGUGAGGACUGGGUUGCUUCCUGCAUUGUACUCCACCAAGGAGGGUUUUUUCUUUCUUUGUUUUUCCUGUGUAAGAUAAAGCCACUGACCCAGGCGCCCCUGAGGAAAACUGGGAAUUCAUCCAGCAGUUCUGUGACCGGGUGAAUGCCGACACAGAAGGGUAAGGCAGACAGAUGGCUCUUUGUGUCUGGCUCCUGGCUUCUCUCGUGGCUGUAGCGGGAAUGGGACCUGUGAGGAGCCUGGAGAGGCAGCUGGGAGGUGCUGGCUGGGCUCUGCUGCUCCCAGGAGCAGAGAUAAGCUGCAAAGAGAUGUAUGUGGCAGAGGGUGGUGUGAGGAAUGCGCUCCGGCAUCCGUGCUGCAGCCUGCAGGUCCUGCCCUGCUGUGGGGUUCUGCAGGAAGCCCUGGGUGAGCUGCGAGUGGCCAAGGAGAUCUCUGCUGGGACUUCCCCAGCUUCCAGCUGACACUGAGCUCUGGGGGAAGGAGCAGGAACUGAUUAAGCAAAUGAGCUGCCAAAGUUUAGGGACAGUCUCUAGAGCUGUGCCCCCCACCAGGAGCAGGCAGUGGACGAGCUUGGGCUGUGUGCCAGGCGUCCUGCAGAGAGCAGCUCACCCAGGGAGAGCCCCCCGCAGCUGACUCCUUCCCAGAGGACGUGGCUGGAGGCCAGAGCUGGGGUCAGUUCACCUCUCAGCCUUGCUGUGUGUGUGCCCCAGGCCAGGGCUCUGGCAGAGGAAGGAUCUGGUGUAGCAGGCUUUGGGGCUGGCAGCUCUGUUGAUCACUUUUCCUUGGGUACUGCUGCACUGACUUGCUUCUGCUGCUCCCCAGCCCAUCGCUCGCACUGAGGCUGCUGGCACAUAAAAUCCAGUCCCCACAGGAGGUGGAAGCUCUCCAUGCUCUGACAGUGCUAGAGACCUGUGUGAACAACUGUGGGGAGAGAUUUCACCAUGCAAUGGCCAAGUUCAGGUUUCUGAAUGAGCUGAUUAAAGUGCUCUCCCCAAAGUACUAUGGGACCUGGUCUUCAGAGCAAGUCAAGUCGAGGGUGACAGCAGUGGUGUUCAGUUGGACAGUCUGGUUUCCUCAGGAAGUGAAAAUCCAGGAUGCUUAUCAGAUGCUGAAGAAACAAGGGAUUGUAAAAGAAGACCCCAAAUUGCCAGAAGACAAAAUUUUACCUCCCCCUUCUCCAAGACCUCAGAAUUCUGUUUUUGACACAGAUGAAGAGAAAUCCAAGCUUCUAGCAAGGCUCCUGAAGAGCAACAACUCAGAAGACCUGCAAGCUGCCAACUGCCUGAUCAAGAGCAUGGUUCAAGAGGAACAAGAGAAGGCAGCCAAGGUGUCCAGAAGAGCAAGCACCAUCAAGGAGGUUUCUGAGAAGGUUCAGUGCAUGGGGGAGUUUCUGGAAGCCCACAGGACACAGGAGUUAUCCAAGCCUGACCAGGAGGCCCUCCAGACUCUGCUCCAGCACGGUGAGAAGCUCAGGCCACUGCUCUUCCGCCUCGCCAGUGAAGCAGUCGAUGAUGAUGAGGCUCUAGCUGAGGUUCUGCAGGCCAGUGAUGAGCUCGCACAGGCACUCAGGUGCUGUAGGCAACUUGUAGCCAGCCAGGAAAAUGAUGGUGGUGGAGGAGCUUCGGCCACCAGCUCUGCUGAUGCACCAGCACUGAAGGCAGUCCCACGGCGCACGAAGAGCUACACACUGAUCGACUUCUCUGAACUGGAGGGGACAUCCCUGUGUCCUACAGCCCAGACUGGGAGCAGAGCCACCACCGCCCGCCACAGCAGCACCAGCUCUGUCUGCCUGCUCCAGGAGCAGCUCCAGGCCUUAGGUCUCAGCAACUCUCCUGUUGCACAGAAACCAUGCCCGGAUUUUGGCUCAGUAGAGCAGGAACCAGAAGUGUCUCACUUUUUUGAGGCUGCUGUCCACAAUGGAUAUGGUGCUGCUCCAAGUGCUGUUCAGACACUGGGACUGCAGGAGGGCUGGGAAGAGAGCUCUCCGCAGAGGAGUGAGCUUCAGAGCCUGGCUGAUCAGCUCUCUCCACCAUCCCAGACCAAGCCACUGUCCUUGGAUUUGUCAGCAGCGAAAUUGCCCUUUCCAGCUCUUCCAGACAGGUCAAAGGCAGAUACUUCAUCCUCCAGCCUAGGCUCCAAGCUGAAGCCUGCUGCCUCUUUGCAUCCAGCCUCUCACAGUGCUUCUCUGGAAAACCUUUUUGUCCCUUUAAUUUCAAUUACACUGACAGGCAGGAUCUGCCCUCUUACUGUGUAUGACAGGAAUGGGUUCAAGGCCAUGCUCCACUUCUCCAGAGACCCAGCUCCUGGCCGCCCCGACGUGCUGGUGAUGGUGCUCUCUAUGCUGAGCACAGCAGCUCAGCCAAUCCAGGACAUAGUGUUCCAGGCUGCAGUCCCUGAGCCCAUGAAAAUCAAGCUGCAGCCAGCAUCGGGCUCUGCUCUGCCAGCCUUCAGCCCCUUGCUCCCACCUGCCCUGCUCUCCCAGGUCCUGCUGCUCGCCAAUCCGCACAAGGAUCCCAUCCGACUGAGGUACCAGCUGGCAUUCACACAGGGCCUGCAGCCCUUCAGCGAGGUGGGAGAGGUGACCAGCUUCCCAGAAGCAGAGCUCUGGGGCAGAAGCUGAAGUUCAGCAGGCUUGGACACUCUCAUCAUACCUCAGUGGUGGAGGGGAAAGAGGAACUGUGCUGGCCUGGACUCCACUGUCACUCUUUUCCUCGGGAUCUGCUAUCUCCUUCCCUUCCCGGGGUGCCAUCUCCUCCUUCCUUUGGUUUCUGCACAGGUGUCAGGCAGAAGGCAUCUCAACAGGGCUGCUCUCCCAUGGCCUCCCUGUAGCUGACUCUGCUUCCUCCUUCCACAUCUUUCCUACUGCUUUCUUGGCCAUUUUUUCCUCUCCCAUUAAAUCUUCUUGAAUUAAAAAACCCCAAACCUA